AUGAGUGACUAUUUUGUCCCUAAUCCAACGUAUACUUCGGAGCUCUUCCGGCGUAGAUUUCACAUGCAGAAAUCAUUGUUCAUUCGUAUAGUGGAUGUUGUUACUGCUAAUGACAAAUAUUUUCAACAGAGACCCGAUUGCACGGGCAGGCAAGGCCUUUCACCACUACAAAAAUGCACUAGAGCUAUGAGGGUGUUGGCUUAUGGAACCGCAACCGAUGCCGUUGAUGAAUACUUACGGAUGAGUUCAACAGUCAUGAGGGAUGUUGUCAUUCAUUUCGUAGAAGGUAUCAUUUCUUACUUUGGUGACACAUACCUUAGAAGGCCUAAUCAACAAGAUUUUCAAAGACUACUCUAUGUUGGGGAACAACGUGGUUUCCCCAGCAUGAUUGGAAGUAUUGAUUGCAUGCAUUGGGAAUGGAAGAACUGUCCUACUGCCUGGGCUGGUCAAUAUGCAAGAAGAAGUGGAAAACCAACAAUCAUAUUGGAAGCCGUUGCAUCAUAUGAUUUAUGGAUAUGGCAUGCGUUCUUUGGAACUCCAGGUUCGUGCAAUGAUAUUAAUGUACUUCAUCGAUCUCCAGUUUUUAGUGAUAUAUUAGAAGGUAGAUCACCAAAUAUAAGUUAUGUGGUCAAUGGUCGUCAAAAUGAUAGAGCUUAUUAUCUCACUGAUGGCAUAUGUCCCUCUUGGGCUGCAUUUGUCAAGACAAUUUCAAGUCCAGUGCUCCGAAAGCACAAGCUGUUCCCUCAACACCAAGAGGCUGUAAGAAAAAAUGUCGAUAGAGCCUCCGGAGUUCUACAAGCUCAAUUUGCAUUUAUUCGACGUCCUUGUCUCAUUUGGGAUAGGAUUUUGAUGGGAAAAAUUAUGAUGGCCUGUAUCAUCAUGCACAAUAUGAUAGUGGAAGAUGAACAAGACACAUACCAAAACUAUUAUGAUCCCAUAGAAUUUUUUGAUAGAUUUACCUUCAGAUUAAGAUACAUCUAUUCACUAUUCAACUGA